UAAACUUUGCCCCACAGCACAGUCAUGCAGAGACGCAGAGGCGAGAAGGCAUGAUGGUCCAAGGCGCUGGUGUCUAACAAGGAGAAAGACAUUUUUUUCCCCCCAUCUCAAUACUUGAGUUUUAUUCCAGCUGCCACUUUGGAACAUUUAUGAUGGCACAUGCCCCGAACAAGGGUUACGAUGGGAUGGAACUCCUCGACCUCUUAUUCGAUCAGACGGAUGGAAUCCUGCGUCACGAGGAAAUAGUGAGCCCGAGAGUCUGGUCAGUGCAAAAUCACAUCAUGGAUGACAGCACUGUCCUGUCAGCCUACAGUCAGUUUCCCCCUGUGCUGAGUUCUGCGGACUGCGGCAGCAGCGACACCUUCCUAGAAACCCUGCUGAGCGGCAGCGACUCUCUGUCCACCUCGGGGUCUCCCUUGUGGUCUCCCUCACCCAGUGACAGCGGGAUCAGCGAGGACCCCACUUCAGACCACAUGGACAGCCCCCCACCUCCCGAGAGUCCCCCACUGGAGACCCAUUGCUUCCACACCCCCCCUGUCCGCACAGUCGCUCUGGAACACAUGGAUGGUGAUGUCUCCAUCAAUCUGGAUGGCUGGGAGGCGGGCUUCUUCCCGGAGAAUACAGCUCAGAGGUCCCAGCUAUCCAUGGGGGCCCCACUCACUAUCAAAGACCUGCUGCUUUCUGGCACCAGUGAGCCGGUCCAGCAGUCUGCCCAGCAGCUCUUCCAGGAGCUGGUCCUCAAUGACGACGAAAAGAAGCUGCUGGCGAAGGAAGGUGUGAGCCUCCCCACUCAGCUGCCCCUCACCAAGUUUGAGGAGAGGGUUCUGAAAAAGAUUCGGAGAAAGAUCCGGAAUAAGCAGUCAGCCCAGGAAAGCAGGAGGAAGAAGAAGGAAUACAUUGAUGGCCUUGAGGGGAGAAUGGCAGCGUGUAAUGCACACAACCAGGAACUCCAGAGAAAAGUCCUUCAGCUGGAGAAAACCAACACGUCUCUGGUGGAGCAGCUGCGCAGACUGCAGGCACUGGUCAUGAAUAGCUCCAAUAAAAUGGCUCAGACUGGUACCUGCAUCUUGGUGCUGCUUUUGUCCUUCUCUCUCAUCCUUUUUCCCAGCCUGGAACCCUUCUCCUUCAGCAGGAUCAGCCAAAAGACAACAGACUUCAGUGCAGUCAGAGUCCAGUCACGGUCACUGCACUCUGUGGUCGAGGCACCGCAGACCCUUCCGGCGUAUUUGGUGGACCGGGGAGUCGAGGCCGUCGAAACAUUGCUGGCUAAGAUGCAACUGAGGUCAGAUUUCCCAGAAUCCAGUACCAUCCCUCACAAUAAUACCCUGGAGGAGGGACAUAAUCGCCAUGGAGACCCCAUCACGGGUCACGUUGCCACAGUGACCUGGCCCACAGCACAGGACACAACACUUCGUCCGCAUGCUGACGAUAUGUAAGGUUUGACAAGAAAUUAGGUGUAAAUUAAUGUCACAGAGGACUUAUUUUUCUGUCUUUCCUCAUCCUUCUCUACAAAUGCAAAAUAUUGAUUUAGAAACUUUGGCCGACAAAAAUGUACAAACCUGUAGCUGCUUCUAAAUCCAAUCAAACUGAAAGUGUCAUUAUGAGACUCGUAAAUCUCCAAAGGAGAUUUGACACAAAACAUUCGGUCCCAUAGAGGAGAUUUUAGGGAGACAGACAUCUGUCGUUAUAGUUUUUACAUUUUUUUUUGUUGUUUCUUAUGUUUUGUCAAAAUUUUACUAACAGUAUCAUGAUAUGAUGGUGAUUUUUCUAAGACAGUUGAGGGGAUAAAUUAAUUAAAUGAUGCAUUGGGAUGGCAGUGUGUUAAUUGUCUUUGUGUAAACAAAUCCUAGUCCAACUUCAUGCAUGAACAAGAUCAGUAGGAACUCGGGUUCUGCCGAAAACGUUCCUUACAUGAAGUGUCUAAGCGUAGUUUGGACAAACUCCACGAACAUUCUAUGGAAUGAUUCCAUUAACUGGUGUGUUUCAUAUGUUAUGUAUGAAAACACUCUGUCAAGUGUGGGGGGGUCCAUUGAAGUAUCGCGGGAACUUCUGUCAUGAAAAUGCAGGAAAAAUAUUCCAUGCUUUCACUCUUUUUUAGAACGUUCGAACACUGUAAAUAUAAUGUAAAAAAAAAUUAAAAAUUAAAUGCUGAAUCACUGGGGUUGGAGCCAUAUGAUACAUAACAGAGAAGAACAGGAAGGUUCUGAUUAAUUGGACAGGAAGCAGAAGUGUUAGGGAUGAUGCUACUUGAUCAUUUGGAUAAUCGGCAUCUAUGUCUCUAUCUUUUUCUGUGUGUAUUGUAAUUAUAUAUAUAUAUAUAUAUAUGACAUAUAUAUAUAUAUAUAUAUAUAUAUAUAUAUAUAUAUAUAUAUAUAUAUAUAUAUGAGUAUAUGUGCACAUAUUCUGUCUGCAACUGCAUGUUACUGUAUCUGCAGGUGUGUCAGGCCAGGGCCUGGAGCCAGAAAGUAAUUUGGGCUGGGGGGAGUGGUCAGCAAAUUUCGAGGGCGGUUCAGACUUGUUGCCUGGCUGAUUGGGAGCAAACAAAUGUUGGGGUGGGGAGAGUUAAACCUGUGAUUUUACUACAUGUCUAUGUGCCUGUUAGGCAUUUUGUCUGUGUUUUGUAUCUGCCUAUUGCUGCCUAUUUUAGGACCACACUGAGACACUUUAUGCAUGCUUGUGCUUGUGUGUGAAUGUUUCCGGCAUCAGACGUGCUCUGAGCCUCCGUCUACAGUAUGUCUGUACGUGUGUCUCGACGUGUGUGUCGUCAGCGCUGUGACUGCUCCUGCACUUUGAUUUGCAUCAUUGCACAGCACUCUCUCUCCCCCUGUCUCUCUCGCUCACUCGUCCCCCUGCUAUGACAGUAAGCAGUAGGGGACAGACUUUAAUCUGAAAAUUGUUAUUUUUUUUGACAAGGAAAUGCGACUCAAAUAAAGCAGAUUACGUUGAA